CUGGCACCGGAAGCAGAUGCUGAUGCUCAGGAUGAUCAUGGAGGGGAAGUACCAGUUCAGCUCCCCGGAGUGGGACGACCGCUCGGACACCGUCAAGGACCUGAUCUGUCGCCUGCUGGUAGUGGACCCCUCGCUGCGCCUCACGGCCGAACAGGCCCUCGCCCACCCCUUCUUCCGUCUCUACGAGCCCGAGGAGGUCCGGCAGUUCUGCCCCUACAGGAAGUUCAGGGUGCUCAUCCUGACCGUCCUGGCAGGAAUCCGGGUGUACUCUCGGUAUCGUCGUGCCCGGCCGCUGACCCGCGAUGUGCUGACCCGUGACCCCUACUCCGUGCGGGGGGUGAGGAAGCUGAUUGACGCCUGUGCCUUCCGGAUCUAUGGCCACUGGGUGAAGAAAGGCGAGCAGCAGAACCGGGCCGCGCUCUUCCAGAACUCGCCCAAGACCGUGCUGCUGGAGCUGGCCAGCCUGGAGGAGGCCGAGGGGGACUGAGCGGGGCCGUGCGGGGGAGACCGGGGGAGGAGAGGGAGCGCCGUCUCUCCCUCCCGCUCCUCCCAUCCCGAGUCUGAGGGGCCCCGCCUCCGCGCCUGCCGUGGUGCGCCGAGCGCCCCGCAUGUCUGUCGUCGUCGUGUUCCUGUGCCGACAUCCCCACGGGGGGGUGGG